AUCGAAGUUUGAAAGAAACAAACUCCUACUUUGCAUUCUCUCUCUCUAAAACUUAUAAUUAUUCUUUAUUCUCGGUGGUUUAUAGCCAUCAAAUUGGUGCUCUCAUUGAGAGGAGAAAAACAUGCUCGUAGGUUAACUCCCGGAAGCGAGAAUGGUGCAAACAAGGAGCAACGUCCCCACCACCAGCCAAGUAGUUGGCGAGGAGAUCGCACCGCGCAGCGGCAACGGUACGGGCGGCAUCGGCUCGACUUCGGACGCGGUCCAGGCACUGUUCGGUUUGGGGGUGACCACGGAGCAGCUCCAAGCAGCCGUUGUGGCACUUUCCGCCAUGGGUGGGAACGUGCCCGGCUCCGGAGCUGGUAAAGCUCCACCCGGUCCCCAUACCGAACACGCUGCCACUUCCCAGCACAAGGGGAAGAAGACCCGGAGGAAUAGGAGGAGGCCCGGCAAAGCCCAAGUGUUCGAGGAGGUGAUAGUGGAGUACGUUCCUGAAGGGGAAGACGAUGAGUCCAGUGAGUGCCGAGUGUCGGCCGUCAAGCGUUUAGGAGGUGAAGAGACCCGGAUAUCGGCCGUCAACCGCGGACUGGAAGACCGCCCGGGCGACCUCCGCCGACAAAUAUCCCAAGUCAGGCGGAGGCAUGCUGAGGAGUCUGCGACAUCGGAUGCUCGCUCGGCGAGGCCCGAGCGGAACGGAGAAAGGCGGGACGAACGCGACCAGCGUCGCCACAGUUUGACAAGAACUGAGAAGGCACAGGACUCUGACCAAGGGGUAUCUCGGCUCGCUCGUGAGAUUGCCGACCUCAAGCGCCGGGUAGAGACCAGGGCUCCUUACAGCCAGCCCAUCUUGCAGACGGUGACUCCGUUCACUGCGAGGGUUAUGUCGGUUCCGCUACUAGUGAAUUUCCGGCCGUGGCAGAUCAAGGCCUACAACAGGAUGACGGACCCCCAAGACCAUUUGUCUAAGUUCUACGCUUCCAUGGAAGCGGAGGUAGCCCCAGGAGAGGUCAAGUGCCGAUGUUUUCUUGCUACGCUGGAGGGUUCUGCGUGUGAUUGGUUCAACCGGCUCCCGAAGGGAACCAUUGACGAUUGGGAUACGUUAGCAGAGAAGUUCAUAACACACUUUGCGGCCAAUCGAAGGCAGAGGCGGCCUUACUCCCACCUGCUCAACAUAUGCAUCCGAGCUCCGCCAGAAUCCUCCCCCCAGGAGGAGUUCGAUGUUGCCCCCGACUCCGAAGCCGCGCCGGCCAAGCGAGCUCCCGCAGAUUCAGGGGAGACGGCGAAGAAGAGGAAGGAGAAGAAAGACUACAUCGCGGGUCCGAGGACGCCUUCGGCUAGUGUGUACUCCGUGGGUGCGCCUAUGGGAACGGGUCGAGAGCUGGCUCUCUCCCCGCUCCCGCACAAGGAGAUGCAGAGACUCAUCGCCCGGGGGCCGCCUCCACGAGAUGACGGAGUCGCCCUAUCUCGGGGGCCGCCGGAAGGGAGAACGUGGAGGAAGCCGACCGAGCCGGUCGCAGUGGCGACGCAGGCAAGGAACCCCGAGAAGAGGCACAUUGGGCGAGAGUCCGAGGAUCUAGACGAGGACGAAGCGCAAGGAUAUCCGGUGGGAUUUAUCCAUGGUGGAAACAUCAGCGGGGACUCCACCGCCCAAAGGAAGAAGUGGAAACACAUGGCCUUCGUUGCCAAGGUUCAACAAGCGCCGGUGUCCAAGCUCGGAAGACGAGAGCAAAUCCAAUUCACGGAGAAGGAUCUGCCGAGCCCCCACCGGGAUGCCUUAGUCAUGAAGAUAGAAAUCAACGACGCCAUAGUGCACCACACCUUGGUAGACACGGGAAGCUCAGUCAACAUAAUGUAUGAUAAGACCUUCCAUGACCUCGACUUGGACCGCAAGAAUUUAAGGCCCGUGCGCACUCCUCUCUCCGGAUUCACGGGGGACUCCAUCGAGGCCGAAGGAGUCGUCACCAUGCCCGUGAUAGUAGGGGAUGGUGCGCACAAGGCCAAGUUGAAGAUGGAGUUCAUGGUUAAAUUGCCAAGGGAUGAGACGUUGGUCGUGUACGCACAAGAAGAAAUGCGGAAGCUGGAAGCACGGCCGAAGGCCGAGCCCGCCGAGGAGGUCGAGGAGGUGGCACUCGAUCCUCGGACACCCGAGCGGAAGGUGAAGGUCGGGGCGAGCCUAACCGGGAGCCAGCGGAAGCGCUUGGUGGACGUGCUCUCCGCCUACCGCGUGAUCUUUGCAUGGGGACCCGGGGAUAUGCCGGGGGUAGACCCCAAGGUCAUAUGUGACCGCUUGGCAGUCAACCUGGAGGCUAGGCCGGUGAAGCAGAAGAAGCGAUUCCUCUCGUCCGAGCGGAGGGAGUUUGUCUCCAAGGAAGUAGCCACCCUCCAGAGCAUUGGGCAUAUCAGAGAGGUCAAGUACCCGGAGUGGAUGGCCAACAUGGUGUUGGCACCGAAGGGAAACACUUGGGGGAUGUGCGUGGACUACACUGAUCUAAACAAGGCGUGCCCUAUGGAUCCGUUCUGAAAGAUAACCAUGCAAGGAUAGGCAGCGGAAUAUAAAAAUUUAACAUCCUAACAUGAUUAUCUUGCCCUGAAUCACGUACUAAAACUUAUAGUGAGUAAGAAAUUUAUACCUUUCUC